AUGAUGUUCGCACGGAACCUGAAGCCCGGGGAGUCAGUGAAGAUAGCAGCAGCAGCAGGAGGCGAAGUGCUGCACCUCUCCCAGGCCUGUUUGCUGCGGCCUGCGGACUCUGGGAGAAACUACUUAAAAGUCAUUCAGGGAAAAGAAAGUUUUGCUGCUUGCGUGCUGCAAAAAGACAAACUCGAGUGCUGCAGUUUGGACCUUUUUUUGUCAGCAAAAGAGGGUUUGCUGCUGCAGCUGGAGGGGAAGUCGGAGCUCUCGCUGCUGGGGUACUUCGAGCCGGAAGCUGCUGCUGCGGAGGAAGCAGACUUUGCUGCUGCUGCUGCUGCUGCUGCUUUCGACAGCGAGGAGGAGAGUGAAGAGGCGUCGGAAGAUGAGACUGAGGGCAUGAGUGCGCCCGUCGUCAGGGUAGGGUUUAGGGUUUAG